CUGUCAAGUGAACGCAGAAUAAUUUGGGGACGCGAGCCGUGAUUGUUUUCACUACAAACUUCUCCUCCUCCUCCGCAAAUUUAUCACAAAAUAGCUGUUCAUUCAUUCAUCCACAUGACUCUGACUCACGACGGAGCGAUGACGUACGCCAAAAUGAGUAGGCUUGUGUCAUUUUUCUCAGCUCUGCUUAAGAGGAAGAAAACCAUCUUCAGCGACCUAUUACACAAAAUGGCCUCCUGUCAACCACUCUACCAGCACCUGGAUACUCAAAAGAUCCUGCGUCCACAGACCAAACCAAAGAUGGAGGACAGAGACACUGUGAGUUCAGUACACUCUCAAUCCUCCCUGAUUAAACCUUCUGACUUUGACUACCUCAAGGUUAUUGGCAAAGGAAGUUUUGGAAAGGUCCUGCUGGCCAGACACAGACAACAUGGAGGCUAUUAUGCAAUCAAAGUGUUACACAAACAGACCAUUGUUAAGAGAAAAGAGCAGCAGCAUGUGAUGGUGGAGAGGAGCGUUCUACUUAAAGGACUACAGCAUCCCUUCUUGGUCGGACUUCACUUCUCUUUCCAGACACCAAACAUGCUCUACUUUGUUGUGGACUAUGUUAAUGGAGGCGAGCUUUUCUACCAUCUUCAGAAAGAAGGUUCUUUUCCUGAAAGCAGGGCUGCUUUUUAUGCUGCAGAGAUGACCAUGGCACUUGGCUACCUCCACUCCUUAGACAUUGUCUACAGAGACCUGAAACCAGAGAACAUUUUGCUCGACAGCAAGGGUCACGUGAGGCUGACUGACUUUGGACUAUGUAAAGAAGGCGUGGCCGUAGGUGGAAUCAUGCACACCUUCUGCGGCACUCCUGAGUAUCUUGCUCCUGAGGUCCUGCAGGGUCACACAUACAGUCCAGCAGUGGACUGGUGGGGACUUGGAAGUGUGCUUUUUGAGAUGCUUUACGGACUGCCUCCAUUUUACAGCCACAGCAAAGAGGAGAUGUUUGAGAAGAUACUCCACGCGCCUCUUCACAUGCGUAGCGGAGUAUCUGAGGCGGCCUGCUCACUGUUAGAGGGCUUACUGGAGAGGAAUGUAUCAAAACGCUUGGGAGAGAGACGUGACAUUGUGGAGCUGCAGGAGCAUCCAUUCUUUGCAUCCAUCAACUGGGAUGACCUCCUGGCGAGAAAGGUCACACCCCCGUUUGUCCCCAACGUGACGAGUCCUUCUGACGUCAGCUACAUUGACCCUGAGUUCACUCUACAGCCUCUGCCCACCUCCAUGACUGACAGAGAGUGGUUUUAUGGCGCUGCUGUGUAUGCAGAAGACAAGGAGUACAGCAGCUAUGAAUCCAGCAGGGGGUGCUGUCACACCAGUCAAUUCACUUAACAUUUUCCAGCAGGAAGACACUUUGACAAGACAUGAUGUUGUGUAAUUGCAUGUUUUCUAAGUCCAAUGAUGUACAGUCGUCCCUCGCUACAUCGCUGUUCGAACAUUACUCCCUCGUUCUAUCACGGUUUUUCAAAAAUUAAUUAAUAAAUGAUGGCAGUUUCGUGGUUGACUAUGGCCUAUUAUGAGUACAAAAUAUUGAAAAACAAGUCAUAUGUAGUAUUCUGGUCACUAGGCAUCAGUAAUGUUACAUUGAGGGACAUUACCUUACAUUACUUUACCACUCCGUUUGAAACACUUUAAGUUUAGAACAAAUAAAUUGGAGGCUAAGUAGCGUAGCUUGAUAUAUGCUGUUAGCGGCGUCUGUCUCACAUGUCCCUGCAGGGAUCCCGUGGCCUGUGCAUUAGUGUUGCACAAUGUGGUGUAAACAAAGAAUAAUAGGAGUGUAAACGGUUAACGUGACUAUAGGGGUGUUAUUUAGUGUCUACAGCGCUCUAAUAAUUGGUUUAAAAAAACGUAUUUAGAAAGUCAUAAACAAGUUUUACUACAAAAAUAUUCCAUUCAUUAACACUGAAUCCUAGUUUGCAGAAAUUCACGUAUCGCGGUCUGGUCUGGAACCAAUUAACCGCGAUAAUCGAGAGACGACUGUAUACUGUAUGUCUGCAAUUAUUUCUUAAUGUAUGAAAGUCAAUUUAAAAUGCAUUUAGUAAUGGUGAGAGGCAUAUUAUAGGGUUUAAAGUGUGAAAAUUUUGUAUUUUAAGGGCUUUUUAUGGGUGUGUCCAUUAUUCGUUGCUUUUCGCUAUUAGCCAUUUCACCAAUAGAGGAGAUCUGUCCUAUAGGAUAAAAGUAAACUGAGAGGAUGGUUAGUAAUUUGUCUCACCUAAGGCCAGCCACCACUGCCAUGCCAGUGGAAACUCCAGCAUCACUGCAACAUACAGUAAACAGUAUAAAGACAGACUUGUUGAAUGUGCAGACACCUAAUGAAAUGUCCAGUGCAUGCAUAUCAGGGAUGGAUGUUGUUUUCUUGUACUCACCAAUGCUUGUAAUGAAAACAUGCAGAAUAGUGACUGUGACGGCAUAGUCCCACACUCUCCUCUUGACCACAACGGCAAACAGCAGGCUGCUACUGAAGUAAGUGAGCUCCAGAGACAGGAUGUUCACUGAUACAGAAGGAAUGUUGAUAAAACAGUGUGUACGUAUUUUUUUAAAGCACAUAAAGAAUCCGAUCCACCUGUUAUGGUGGCAGGGAAAACAUCAAGAGUGGUACAGGGGUACAGAUAUUUAGGCAUUGUUAUGGACCCCAAACUUACAUUUAAAUCACAAGUGAAGAAAGUAUUGAACAAAAUUACAUUUCAUUUAGCAACUCAGUCAGAUUAGACUACUGAUUAACUACUGAUGCUGGAAAGUAGUGUGUUUACACAUCUACUACUAUUUGACCAGUUGGACGCAAACUUGUAAAACCCCUUUGCAACCAACAAACUCUUAAAAUCAUGGAUUAAAAAGAAAAACACAACUCCUUCCAUCAUUGUCAUAUUCUCUCAAAGUAUCAUUUUCUUAGUUGGGAGAAUCUGAUUAAGUUAAACUUCUUCAUGGGACGGCUCCACCUCCUCUGCAAGAAUACAUCCAUUGGAAAAAUAGUGUGGGCACUCGAGCCCAGAACGGAGGAGACUGUGAUGUUCCGCUCAGAAAAAGCAGUUGUGGGCAGCUGUCUGUUUCUGUUAGAGCAGAGGUGUCCAAAGUGCGGCCUGUGGUCCAUUUGCAGCCCGCAGCACAACGUAGAAAUAAGAUUAAACCCCCCCAAAAAAACAACAAAAAUGGGAAAAAUAGAGCAAAAACACAGAAUGUCAAGACAAAAAGCUGUAAUGUUGAUCCUAAUAGCUAAUAAAAACACAAAGCCUUGUCCUGGAAUAUAUUUUUACAAAAAUUAUCCAAGGAAAAUUACAAAAUAAUUAUAUUUUCACCAAAAAAUAAUUUUUAACCAAAAAAUUAGAUUUUUUUGUUUUUUUACAAAAAUGUGAAUUCUUAACAAAAAACAUUAUUCCCCCCCCCCAAAAAUAUGACGUUUUUACAAAAAAAAUGUAGAAUUUUGUUGCCAUAAAAUGUAAAUUUUUAACAAAAAUUUACCCAAAAAAACUACCCAAAAAGUAGUUGUAAAAGUAAACAAAUGGUUACCAUAUUUAAAAAUAAGUUGAAAUAUUAAAAGUGGCCUGCAUGUUUUGAUUUUUUAGUAUACGCCUGUGGUGGGAAACGUUUGGACACCCCUGUGUGUCGAGCAUUACAUACAUGGAACACUGACUGUACACACAGAGCCCAGCAACAUUUCAUCACUAAAAACCUUCUCUAAAUCUGUCAAUAGGUGGCUCCUGCCUGGAUAAUCAAAUAUGCACACAGAACUCCAUUUAGUUGUUUUAUCAACAUGUGAUUGUAAGUACUGCAUGUCUUUACUGUUUGCUCUAUAUACUUAUUUCAUUUGUCCUUGGAAACUAUGUUUGUCUCUGUGCUCGUUGUAUGACUGUUUUUAGUACUAUUUAGCAAAAGUAUUUCUUUUAAUUGCUUCUUUUUUUAAUAUCUUGCAUAUAUGUUAUCAACAUGUCAUGGGACUGCAGAUAAAAAAUGAGCCUUUGUGGCAUAUUUACAUUAAAGUGCUCAUGUCAAUGAAUAUGCAUUGUGCUAUUUUAAAUAAAUAAAUUACAAGU